GGUUGAAACCACAGUCAGAUUCUCCGGCGGAAUUAUCUGAUUGGAAAUCAGGGAGGGGAGAAAAAGAAAGAGCAACAAGUGCGAUGCUUUUACGCUGGUUUGCUUUUGGGACUUGAAGGAAAGGAUUUUAAUUUGGGUGAGACACACUAAGAGCUGAACGAAGUCAACAAUUUAAUUGGAUCUUGUUAAGAGUCGAGAUGCCUCGAUCUUUCCUGGUGAAAAACAAACGGAGCUCGUCAUUUAAUGUGCAUAGAUUAUAUGAAGAUGAGACAGAGAUCUCACCUCAGAGGCCUCAAUCUGAGGGCCUGCAUUCCCAAACAGACCUCAGACCAGUAGGAAAAGCAGAGGAAGAACUUCAGAGUCCUGUACCUGUGCAUGCAGAGCCCACCAGAACCCCUGUGGCUCCCACAAAGUCAUAUUACGCAACAGACCCUCAGAAGGGAGAAUUCCCUUCUUACUACAAGCCGGCCUAUUGGGGGGAGCAGGUUCCUUCUCCGUAUCGGUUGGGUUUCAGCCCAACGGUGCUGCAGCACGCCGCCACUUUGUACAACACGCACAUCAGCCGCAGCCCGCAGAACCAGCAGCCGCUCGACUGCAGUACCCACUACUCGGCAAGCUCCGACACCUACCACUGCAUCACCUGCGAUAAGGUGUUCUCAACACCUCACGGCCUGGAAGUUCACGUCAGGAGGUCCCACAGCGGAACGAGACCUUUUGGCUGCAGCAUCUGCAGAAAAACCUUUGGCCACGCAGUCAGUCUCGAGCAACACAUGAAUGUUCACUCCCAGGAAAAAAGUUUUGAGUGCAAGAUGUGCGGCAAGUCCUUCAAGCGCUCCUCCACGCUGUCCACGCACCUUCUCAUCCACUCGGACACCCGGCCGUACCCGUGUCAGUUCUGCGGGAAGAGGUUUCAUCAGAAGUCCGAUAUGAAGAAACAUACAUAUAUUCACACCGGUGAGAAACCCCACAAGUGCCAAGUGUGUGGUAAAGCGUUCAGCCAAAGUUCCAACCUGAUCACCCACAGUCGGAAGCACACCGGCUUCAAACCGUUUGGAUGUGCCGUUUGCUCCAAAGGCUUCCAACGCAAAGUGGACCUUCGCCGGCACCAGGAGAGCCAACACAGCAUUAAGUGACACGUGCGGGAUUGUCCAGGGGCGGCGCUAAGAUUUGAACUUUACAAGUGCUCAGCCCCCCUAAUAAGAAUGUGUGUUGUCGUUGACAGUAUGUAGGUAACACAUAUAUUUGUGUUGAAGUAUUUGAAAAUAAUUCAAAAUAAAAAAUAUGGGUAGGUUUCAUUCUAGUACACCUGUUUAGGGCUGGACCCUUUAGUCGAUGAAACCUGAGGUAGACUUGUCCCUUUACAAUGUUAGCGUUUAACGCGAAUUUGGGGACUUUAAACCAGGUAAAAGCGGGUCUAAAUUGUGGCGCAAUGGGAUUUUUUGAUCAAGGGGCAUAAUGGGAACUCGCAAAGACAAAAUGUUUUACUUUGCAAGAAAAUACUCUUGUAUUUUGUCCCACAAAGACCGUAACACUUGAGGCCCUCAUAGACGAACCGGAUAACCUCGAUGGAGCUAACACGUAAGAGAUUUUCUGCUUAGCGACCUAUGAGUUCUAAUUUAAACUGCGUAUGGAUGUAACGUGAGAAUUGUAAAUGGUCUUUGUGAGGUACUCCACUCUGUGUGUGUGAAAAUAAAGAAUGAGCUGAAGCUGUGGUUGCUCUAUCCUGUUCCCUCCAGGGCAAAAUACAUGUCAACUGUUAGCCUAGUAAAAUGAUGUGAUAAACUCUGUCAACAUGAA